AUGUCCGGUGGCGGUGAUGAGAAAUUCAAGAAUUUCAGUAGCGAAUUUGUACAGAAGAUUAUAACCCCUUUCUUAGUUGUUCGUGGCACGAACUGCUGGAUAAAUUAUCAGUACACGCCAUUGUUAGCCUUCGAAGUAAACCUGAAAUUUUGUUUAAGUGAAAGAUGCUUGAUACAUGCAAAUAUUUUUCAAGCUGCACGAGGAUAUAGACAUGUUUUGAAUAGAAAAAUGAGGUUAAAUGGUCUUCUGUUGUGCAAUAUUUCAAAAUAUUUCUCUACAUCUAAUCAUAAAUUAACACAAAAUGUGUUUCACAAAGUAGACAGUUAUGGAAGCGCAUGCAGGUUGGACAGGAGGAAACUGCUCGAUAAAGUAUCUGCCACUAUGUAUCAAGAUAGUUUUGAUGAACUCAUUGAUGAAGGAAAACAUGUUUUUGAUGCAUCUUUGGUUCGAAAACAAUUUCCUUCAAUCAUAUUAGGGAAAUCUAGCCCAGUAGAAUUAUACGAUGGAAUUUCAGAUGCCCCUGAAAAGAGUAACAUAUUGACAGAAGAAAUUUAUAGUGACUCAUGGGAUUCAAUAGCUAAUGAGUUUAAUCAGUUUUCAUCCUACAAGAUUGAAAGUAUAUCAGAUCAAAGUACUCUGGACUCAACAUUUUCAUCAAAAGAAGAGAACUCUUCCUCUUCCACUUCCACAUUGCCAUCAUAUGCUAAAUCCCCAAAUCCUGUUCAAUCUGAUCUUCAAUGUAGUGUCAGUGAUCCAUUUGAAUUGAUACUUGAUAAAUCCAUCAGCUGUAUACCUGUAUUAAGCAAGAAGCAAUGCACUCAGUUGGAAAAUUGUGGUUUGCAUACGAUACGGAAGUUGCUGAGUCAUUUCCCAAGAACAUAUGCUGACUUACAAAAUGCACAGUUUACAAUUGAUGAUGGACAAUACUUAAUAUUUGUUGGAAAAGUUCUAUCAUCCAGGGGAAUCAAAGCAAGUUGUUCUCUAUCAUUUCUUGAAGUGAUUGUUGGUUGUGAGGUUGCAGAAAGUGGUUCAUCUUCAGCAUGCAUGGUUUCUGAACAUAACAAUGGAAGCAAAAAAACAAUAUAUUUGCACUUAAAGAAGUUUUUUCGUGGGACCCGUUUUACAUAUCAACCGUUUUUGCGUAGUCUUCAGGAGAAACAGAAAGAGGGAGACAUUGUAUGUGUCAGUGGCAAGGUGAAGACUAUGCGUACAAAAGAUCAUUAUGAAAUGAGGGAAUAUAAUAUGGAUUUAAUUCGAGAUGAUGAUGAUGAAUCUGCAUGUGCUGAAGGAAGACCUUACCCAAUUUACCCUUCAAAAGGUGGUCUUAACCCAAAGUUACUCAGUGACAUUAUUGCGAGAGUUUUAGACACCUUGCCACCUGGCAUAGAUCCUAUUCCCAACAAUACCCUUCAGAUGUUUGGAUUAAAAAGCCUCCGUGAUGCAUAUAUUGGGAUUCAUCAGCCAUCAAAUUUUAAAGAGGCUGAUUUAGCUCGCAAAAGGAUUAUAUUUGAUGAGUUUUUCUACCUUCAGUUGGGACGAUUGUUUCAAAUGCUUGAAGGACUUGGGACAUGGAUUGAGAAAGAUGGGUUACUGAAUAAAUACAGAAACCCUUCAACAAAUGCAGCAUUUACUGAUGAAUGGUGUUCUCUUACCAAAAAGUUCUUGAAUUCUCUACCAUAUUCGUUGACUUCUAGUCAACUCACUGCUGUUUCAGAAAUCAUUUGGGACUUAAAACGCCAAAUUCCAAUGAAUCGACUUUUGCAGGGAGAUGUGGGAUGUGGGAAAACUGUGGUGGCCUUUUUGGCAUGUAUGGAGGUUAUUGGUUCAGGAUAUCAGGCAGCUUUCAUGGUUCCAACUGAGUUGCUUGCUAUUCAACACCAUGAUCGCCUUCUUAGCUUACUUGAAAACAUGGAAGAUGUUGAUUCCAGACCAUCUGUUGCUUUGCUUACAGGCUCCACUCCAGUUAAAAAAGCACGUUUAAUUCGUGAGGGUCUUCAAAGUGGAGAAAUUUCAUUGGUGAUUGGGACCCACAGUUUAAUUGCUGAAAAAGUGGAAUUCUCUUGUUUACGGAUUGCUGUAGUAGAUGAACAACACAGAUUUGGAGUGAUCCAGAGAGGUCGAUUUAAUAGCAAGCUGUAUAGUAAUUCGGUAAAUUCAAGAUUGACAGAAAUUGAUUCCAAUGGUUCAUCAAAAGGUGACACAACUAUGGCUCCUCAUGUUCUUGCCAUGACUGCAACUCCAAUUCCAAGAACUCUUGCUUUAGCAUUGUAUGGAGAUAUGUCUCUCACACAAAUAACUGAUUUGCCUCCUGGGAGAAAACCUAUCGAUACAUAUGCAGUUGAAGGAAAUGAAGCCGGUUUUGAAGAGGUUUAUCAGAUGAUGAAGGAGGAAUUGGAAUCAGGAGGGCGAGUAUACAUAGUCUACCCAAUCAUCGACCAAUCAGAACAACUCCCUCAGCUUCGUGGCGCAUCUGCUGACCUGGAAGUAAUCUCCAACAGAUUCCAAGGCAUCAACUGUGGGUUACUACACGGGCGAAUGAAAAGCGAUGAAAAAGACGAAGCUUUAAAAAAUUUCAGAUCCGGAGAAACACAAAUAUUACUUUCCACUCAAGUCAUUGAAGUGGGAGUCGAUGUUCCGGAAGCUUCCAUGAUGGUUGUUAUGAAUGCAGAAAGAUUUGGGAUCGCUCAGUUGCACCAACUCAGGGGACGAGUUGGACGUGGGGUCCGCAAAUCAAAAUGUCUGCUUUUGUCUUCAACAAGUAGCGGUUUGCCUAGGUUGAAGGUUCUAGAAAAGUCGUCGGAUGGGUUCCACCUGGCGAACAUGGAUCUACUUUUGCGGGGCCCGGGUGACUUGUUGGGAAAGAAACAGUCAGGACAUCUUCCCGAAUUUCCAGUUGCUAGAUUGGAAGUCGAUGGGAAUAUACUGCAAGAAGCACACCUUGCUGCACUGAUGAUUUUAAGCGAGUCGCAUAAUUUGGAGGGGUUCCCGAAGCUUAAAGCUGAGCUGAGUAUGAGACAACCGCUCUGCCUUUUGGGUGAUUAAAGAUUGUAAAUACUUUUUCAACGCAGACUCUUACGUAUGAUAUGACUUGAAAACUUGUGGUUGGAAAAGUGUGGCACCUAAAUUCAUUUUGUUUCGGGGCUCAUGUAAAUCUUUUUCGUGUUGUAAUCAAAAUUAACAGUUAUUAUAGGUGCUAAAAGGAAGGGAAG